AGGAGUAGGGCUAGGUCGAUUAGAAUUUUAGGUUAUGUGGAAAUUUGUUUGUUUGUUUUUGUCUGAUUGUUGGUACGAUGGCUUCUUGUUUUAUCCGCUGUUUACAUGUAAGGACCAGUAUUAAAUAUGGCCAGAAAGUUCAUUGUUAGAUGGAUCAGUAAUUCAAGUAGCUUCAAGAUUUGGAGGCGAAGUGCCAAUAAUUGAGAAAACAAACAUUUCCUGGCUCCAAAAAGCUCACUUAAGGACAAACGUUAAGGAUUAUGGCAUACCUCUUAAACAAGAAGAAGUUUAAGGACACAAGACAAGAGGAUAACGAGUAUACUAAAGAAACAAUAGCUCUGGUGAACAAUCAGUUGGCACGAGGAGAAGAAGGGCGAUUGUUUGCCGUCAUUCAUGUUGCUGGCAAGCAGUUUAUAGUCACCCAAGAAGACAUAAUCAUUAUCCAUGGUCCCUGGCCUCCAACAAUUAGUGACGAAAUCAAUUUUUGAAAAGGUUUGUUAUGUUUGGUAGGAGGCUCCGACUUCACGCUGAUUGGCCGUCCAGUGUUACCACCGGAGCUGGUGUCUGUCACUGCCACUGUGAUAGACAAGGACUUGUCCCACGUCAAGACAAAGUUCAGGUUUCACAAGCGGAAACAGUAUAGAAGAAUUAACUUCAUAAGAAGCCCACUGACUAUGAUUCGCAUCAAUGAAGUGAAGGUUGUUGGGAGAGUCAACGAGAGAAAAGAUGUUGAAGGCCUGAAUCAAGUGUUUUACUAGUCUUUGUAAUUGUAUGUAAAUAAAUUAGCUUAUCACA